GCAGUUGUUAAUUGUGAUGUACCAGAUGGCGUUGUGCAUACUGAUUUGCAAAAAACUGCAGAGAAAGGAGAUGAGCUAGUUCUGAAAUGUCAAUUCUAUGAAACGCCAAUCGCCGUUUACUGGAAGAAAGGAGAUGAGCCCACGAAGUCACCCAACCUGAUCACGUGGGUGGACGGGGAACCCGCUCUAGGGUCAUGCGUUCAUGACGGGUCUUGCUAUAUGAGCGCUGAUUUCUCUCUCAUCAUCACAAACAUUACAGUUUCAGAUCAAGGAACAUAUAUCUGCAGAGUUUCAAACUACAAAGGGAUCUUGAUUCACAACUUUACAGAAGUAAACGUCUUCGCUCCUCCGAUAGAACCCUUUCCCUUUAUCGAUGAAUGUCGAGGAAUACUUCCAAAGGACGCUGAACAAUCCUGUAUUAUUCCAUCCUCUGAUAGCAUCACCAUAACCUGCUCAGCCUCAAGCUACUUUCCAGACAUCGAUCUCUUCUUCUUACACGAAUCCAGAAAGAUGGGUGCAACAAAUACCGAGGAAGAUGCAAACAUGGACGGUACGAGAAACAAAUCAAUCUCCAUCGUCGCUGAACCCAGUGAAAUCCCCUAUGUUUGUGUCGCUUCUGAUAUCCCGGGAUUGCAAGACCAAAGGAACGUCACCGUCACCGUGACCUUGCUAGAAUCUACUGUUACCAUGACAACAUCCUCCAAUCAAACCACGUUAUCACCGAGUCCGAAUGGAGGUAUAGCCACAUUGUUGUACCAGUUAUCGUGGUCUUUCUUAUAUUGGCUGUGGUUUGUGUUUGUGUUGCCAUCAUAAUCUGGCGUCGGAAGAAACAACGAAGGAUUCAAGAAAAAGACGAAGAGGAAUCCAUGCCACUACAUCUAGACCGACAGAUAAAUGGGAAAGUAUCCUUCUUUGAACUGUGGUACCUGGUUAAUAAUAUGGAUGAGGCAAACUUAAAAAUGCUACGGGACGCCCUCCUCUAUCUGGGAAUUCCUGGAGUAGGGAAAGAACUAACUACAGACACGGCCUUUGCCUUACUUUGUGACUGGAAGGAUAAAUCAUUUGACAGAGAAGGAUCAAGAUUGAAGAAAGCACUCAUCGAAAAGGGACUUGCCCGUUCCUGGAAAGAUAUGUGUGAACGGAGAUUGGAGACAAAGUCUGGUGUUUCCGAAGAGCUUUUGGAUCAUAUUUUAUGGAACAUCGGUGAUGAAAUUAACAUUAGUCAAUUCCUUAGUGAACUGAUCGCCGAUAAACGUGAAACCCGAUGUAAUGUGUCAGGAAAUAAAGGAUACGUUUUCAAGGAAUCCCUGGUUGUCUUGAGGGAGUGGAGUGAGGGAACACAGACUGAAAGCCAAGCCAUUCAAUUAAGUCUAGCUUUAGAAAGAGCUAAUUGCAAGCCUCUAGAUCGGACUUUCUUCAAGGUUCCUGAACAUCUGCUGAAGGCGAUAUCCCCACAAGAGGUAGAAGGGUUCGUUUACAGACUGACAGGAAGACAUUGUAAGAGGCUUGCUAAGGCUGUAGGAAGUACCGAUGAGAAGGUGAUUACCACCCUCAUUAAUGACAAUAAUGACGAUCUGUUCGACACUCAAUCAAUGAUCAUGGACUGGGUAGAUGGACAGGAAAGCAGCAACUUCGAGAAGAGAUGCAGGCUUGAUGAUGCCAUCAUCACAAUUGGUCGCCAUGACAUGACAGAUUCAUUUGGGACAACCAUCUAUCGGGUUAAAACAGGAGGUACUGUACAAAGACCACAUCCAGAUGCCAAGAAAUUCAAUAGUACUAGCAUUUUUAAUGAUGAUCUACAUGCGUUGCUGAAGCAUCUUCCUAAAGGUGCGGUAUCAGUGUUUCUUGAGAAGCUCGGCAUCUCAAUUGAUGAGGAUAUGGACGAUAUGAAAGAGAGGCUGACAGGUUGGAGGGACGAUCAUCUGAGAGGAUCUAAAGUAUGUUCUCUACAGGAACUUGUUUUGAUCCACAAAGAUGUGCUGAAGAAGACAAAUAACAAUAAUGUACUCGACUUAAAAGACGAGGAGCUAGAGGAUGUGUUUGCAAGCAUAUCUUCCAGGGAACAGAUGGACCAGCUAAAGUCAGGGAUUGGAAUAGCUAUCAAAGAGGGGCCUUUCACUCUAGAGCAUCUUAAAGAAUGGAGAAAUAGCCAAGGCAUGGAGAAACGUCGAGAGAAUCUAAGAAAAACGCUCCAUGAUAUGAAAUUAUCAGGAUGCGUUGUUGAUCGGCGUCCUCCACAACAUGUGUACAGAGCUGAGAUGGUACGUUUAGCGUUCACUAUGCUAUAUACUGACGUUAGACCAUUGGCCGAACUUCUCAACAUGGAUACGAGCAAAGGAAAAAUAGUGCGAGAACCCCAGAAAGGGACUGUAGGUCUGUUACUCCAACUAUUGGAGAAAUCGAGGGAUAGCGGCACACAUCGCCGCCGUGAUUUCUGUGUCGCCAUUAGAGAUCUUGGAUAUCUGGAUGUUGCUCGAUUAGCUUAUUUCGAUUACGAUGAAAGCCUUAGUGUACUCUACAACGUUACUUCAAAACUGUCGCAACAGGAAAUGGAAAUGUUAAUGAAGCAUCUUGACUCUGAUAAAGCGGUCCUGUCGAUAGGUCGGGUGAGAACUCGGAGCGCGGGGACAUACGACAACCUAAUGCUUAUGAAGAGAUGGAGAGAUCAGUUCAGACUGGAACCUUUCCACCACAGCUCGAAGCUGGUUCAUGGUCUUCGAGCAAUUGGGCGAACGGGACUUGCAGAGGAAGUCCUUGGAGGUCUGAACCAACAUAUGCAAAUGAGUGGAGCAGUAGCAAUACACAUUUGCAACAGUCUCGAUGACGAUCAACUGCAGAGACUAUGUGUACACCUCAGACUACGUACAACAAAACGUCAGGAGGAUCGGACUACUACAUCAACGGCCGUCGUGGAAUGGAUGCAGAAUUGUGUAAAACACUUUGACAAAAUUCCUGCGCUGAACAAAAUAGUAAAGAACAAAUUCGAUUUUCGAAAACAUGAGAACAACGAACUUUUCAAGGCAGGAUUUUCCGAACUUGCAGAGGAAAUCAUGCUACUCCAGUACCCUAGAUUCUCUAGGACUGUGUAGCCAUAAUGUCCUUUGACAAGAAAUGAAUCUACAUUUGUGUUACUCUCAAUUAACAUGUCUUAAAUAUUGGUGCAUGGUAUAAGGUGAUUGAUUCAAUGCUUAGUGAAGAGCAGCUGGACUAAAAACAUGGUAAUAGUAUAAUGUAGGUUACAUGUAUGGGCUGUAGAAAUGAAACUAUUAUUGUCAUUUUUAUUUGUUAACGGUUGUAAACGGGCGGAAAUAAUUCUUUUUUUCAAUAAGUUUCGUUGUGGUAGUCCACACAUACCCUUCGCCAAGUUGUGUGGGGUUGUAGUGCAUAGACUGGUGUUUUUAUACUAGACCAAUACGUAGGGAAUGUACGCAUGCACUCCAAUCUUUAAAACAUUAUGUAGUUACAAUUAUCUACCCCGUCCCUUAAGACAUUUGUUAUAGUUAUAGUUAUUAGUUCUAAUGUUUUGUUGGAAUGUUCAAAUACUAAAUACUUUAUGAAGGGGAAAAGAGUAAACUUUUAGAUGGUCCACCCAAUUUUGUAUAAUGUUAAUAAUGCGGCGGUUGCUCUAUAUGCAUUGAUCUCCAAACGUGUCUGCAAACGACUCAUCGGGAAAACUCUUCGUAUCUUUCAACACAGUGGGGAUUGUGUGUCAUAUAGUGUAAUAUAAAUGUAUUGUGGGGAAGAAAAAAAAAAAUCAGUGCUGUCUUUUGUCAUUUUUGCAAUGCUUUGUAUAACUUGUACGCUGUCGUACCCAUUUGUAAAGUGACAUGGUUUUAUUAUAAUAUUGAUGAUUACAAUUUUAUUUCUCUUCUCUUUUAAAAUUAUGCUUACUCAAUAAGUAAUGAUGUAUUAUUUAUUUCCUCAAUUUCGAAUUUAAUAUCUGGGCAGAUCGUAUUUAUGGGCAGAAGGUAUUGUUCAUCCUCUUAAGAUUUACAAUCCGUUGAGAAUACAUUGAAACUGUUUUCUCUUAACUCAUAGCAUGCCAUGAGGGUACAUGCACGCUACCGUUAUAGUGCUUUGUACAUGCAAGCUAACCACUGAUUCACUGCCAUGUGCGUGCAAGGGCGCAUUCGUAAUAACAGUUAUUGUUCAUGCUUAAUAUUGGACUGUACUGUGUGUUUCGCAUGCGCUAUCAAUGGGGAUUAGCCCUGUGGCAUGAUAAUAGUUAAAGUGUUUGGUUUUAGAGUGUGGCUACAAUGAAAAUACUCAUCCAUCAUUUUCAGAGCACUUUCUCGCUUAACGAACCCCGAAACUUAAAGCUGUUUCUUUACUAUUCCCACCGACAUAUGUGUAUUCGUUUUUAGAAGCAGGUUGAUCCGCAACAAAUAUUUUCAUUUCAGGCAAUGACAAGUAAAAAGUUACUGCUGAUUGUGGAAAAUGUUCGGGACAUCAGAAAUGUUAGAGUUUGCUCACAAGACGAUUAUCAAAUACUUGCCAUACCUGUAUAGAUUAAAAUGUGGAUGGAUUGUUUAUGCAACAUUUCUGAUCAGCAGUGUAAGACUAUUCGUCAGGUAAUAAUACAAUUUACCUAAAUAGAUGCAAAUUAGCUAAACCAAAUAUAUCUGACUUUUAUUUCCUUAUUCAUCAAAGCGUACACAAUGGAAAGAUACAUUGCUAAUCGUAAUGAUAAAAAGCUGCCAAUGACAGCAGAUGGCAGGUCAUGGCCUAGUGGACAUCCAUUGUCAGAUAAGUGAAUAAAGAUACAUUACACUAUGUAAUCAAAUGUUCGUUUUCACUGGUGUUUGAAUCAUUUGUCAAGUAUAUCACUGUACCUAGAAGUGUAUAAUACAGAUGAAAUGAAAAAAACAAAAACAAAUCAAAUGUGAUUCAAUCCGAUUCAGAUGUAAUGUGUAGUGUAACUUUAGAGGUAUAUAGCAACCAGUGUUUUUUUAUUUUUUAUAUAAUUGUAAUAUUAUACACAGAUCUUAUUUAUAGGAUUUGGAAACACAUUGUGUAUUUUUUAAUGAACUUUAUUUCAGGUUUUAGAUAACGAGAGUCAGACUCGACUAGCACAUGUGCUAUUUUUUAUUCUAUCUUACCAUCAAUCACAAACCCAUUGUAAAUAGUCAUUUAUUGUUUUACUUGACACUAAAAUUACUUAUAACUAUUUUUUAAUAUGUGUAUAUUGUACAUAUAUA